CGUCGUGAAUGACUCGUGCAACGUCCUUCGUCGUUCGUGCACGCAUUUGUUCGCUAAUCGCUCCCGACGAUGUCUCGUGGGCCUCGUGGCGCAACGUAAAUCUUGUUUCGUUACCGGAUCUUCUCGCGGCACGUAAAACAUCGGGCGAGUGUCUUGCAGAUUAGGUUCGACUCUUUGCCGAGCGAGAAUGGAAUCUAUGGAUGCGCGUCUCGUGGCGCAAGCGUUGAACUACCAUGGUCAGCAGUUGCAGAAAGUGUGGGAAGGAGAACGCAACGAAAACGAGCUGGUCAUGCUCAAUCUCAAGGAUCCUAGCUUUGAAAUCUACCAGCAGCGACAAAAGACUCUCAGUUUGUGUGUUUCCUAUAGCUUUGGAGAUAGAGGCAAACGUUUGAAGCUUCAACAGUUUCUCACUAAAAAAGCUGAUGACCUGUAUGAUAAGGCAAACUUGGAGAAAUCUACAGACUGUGUUAAGCAGGAGAUGGAUGACGAAGAAUUUUAUGCUACAGUACCAGCACUUGAUACUUUUGUCACCAUGGAGAAGUCCCAACGCAUUCGCAAUUUUUUGGAGAGUUUAGUAAUUGGGGAUGUAAUUUUCGCACAAGUAAUGGGUAAAAGCGCCGCAGGUCUUCUUCUGAAGGUGCUUUGCAACUGUAGUGACUGUCCCAGAGUUGUUACUGAAUUAGGAGUUAAGGCACUAAUACUAAAUACGGCCACUGUGCCGGCGGUGGACAAGAAAGGUGUUACAAGAGGCUACAUGGCAAAUGAUCUCGUCUGCGUCGUAGUCAGUGAAGUUAACGUUGAAGCUGAACGAGUGGUUGCAGUUAUGAACGUACCUGCCCGGGAAGGGCAAGCACCACACCCACCUAUGGGACUUAUCCAUUCCGAUGAUCUUCCAGAAGCCUAUAAGAAAGCGAUCGACAACAAAGGUCAAAGUUAUGAAGCGCUGUUGGAGAAUAGUACUGGCUUCAACAAUCCGAACAACAUAAAAUAUCUGUGCGACUUAAUCGGUCUUGGACAACAGAAUCAUUCUAAUAUGGUUGGAUUGAGAGAGAGAUUUGCACCAAAUGAAUACGCUUCUGAAUUACGACAAACACAAGCGAGCAAGUGGGCAUUCCGAAGUGUUGCUGAGGGUAUAGAUCAUUUCAAGGCCGGUCGUCAUUCCGAAGCUUUCCAGUGCCUCAACAAAGCGCUCACGGUUGAUCCUCGCAACGUUGAGGGUUUAGUUGCUCGAGGAGCAUUAUAUGCGAACAGCGGAAGUUUCAAGAAGGCGAUUGAAGACUUUGAGACAGCCUUGAAAUUAAAUCAAACGCAUGCAAAUGCUCGUAAGUAUAUGGCGGAAACGCUGGUUGCGCUCGGACGUAGUUACGAAGACGAGAAGAAAUACGAAGAUGCCCAAAAAGCAUAUGAGAACUGUUUGGCAAUUGCACCGUAUCACGAGGAAGCGCGAAAUUCUAUUGAAUACAUAAAAUCUAAGACUCUCACAGCGUCACUGAACCCUCUGGAUACCUUUAAGAGCUUUGAAGCUGAGAACGACGGUGCAGAAAAUAAAAAGGAUAAAAAGAAACGCAAAAAGGAGAGAAAAUCUAGAUCAAAGAAGAGACAAAGAUGGAGUUCCAGCUCGAGUUCUUCAUCCACCGGAUCUUCGACCUCUUCAAGCUCAGACUCUAGCAGCUCGUCGUCAUCGGGAAGUUCACGAUCGGCAUCCCGUUCACCGAAUCGUAAACGCAAACAUAAGAAAGAUCAUCGCAGUUCGCUUUCGCCACUUAGCAAGCGUAUGGCCCAGUAUAACAAUCCUCCCGCUGCAACUACCACCACUCACGAUCCUAUCGCUCCGACCUCUUACCCCACAAACACACGUGAGAAAAUGGACGACUACGAGAGCAAAGUACGCAAGUUUCUUGAGCAAACCAAGGACGAUUCUGAUUACGAAGAUAAGGUAAGGAAAUUCUUGGAGGAGACAGCAAGAUGGAAGAGAGAAAGGGAAAAGGAAAAGAAACAUUCUGAGAGUGAAAAGAUGAAGAAAAAGAAGAAGAAAGAAAAGAAGGGGAAAGAUAAGGAAAAGGAGGACAAGAAGAGUCGGAAGAAGAAGAAGAAGGAAGAAAGGAAAAAGCGUAAAAACAAGGAUAAGCUUGAACGAGAUUUAGAAGCGUUGAAAAAGUCGUCUUUACCGGACUUGGAACAGUUAGAGUCCAAGCUUAAUGCUUAUUAUGCGAAAGUCGAGAAAGACUGUGCGGCGCUUAAAAGGUAUGUAGCACAGUAUAAUGACAUACCUUCCCCUCUUAGCAACGCGGAGAAGCUCGCUGAAAGUUCACGCAGGGAAGAGGAGCUGCGCAGAGAAAGAGAAAGAGACGAUGCUUCGAAGGCAUAUCACGAGCGAGAAUCCAGAGUGCCAAUGACUGCGCAACAGAGGAAAGAAAUCCAGAGGAAACCACUAACAGACAUAUUUGAACAAGAUUCCCAAUUGAUUCAUCCCGAACCGAAACUCCCUACACUAGACACCGCUGCGUUAAAUGCAAAGUGGAAGGCUGCGCAAGCCGCUAGACAAAAGGACGUUCCUCCGCAAAAGUGGCAAGAUGUCCCGGCGGAGAGCAAGAAGGUACAAUCUAACGUCUUCGUGGACAGCGACGAGGACGAUGACAAUGAAUUGGAGGAAAGAAUUCAACGUGCGGCUCUUGAAAAAUCUCAUAAUGCACGCAAAAUGCGUGCGCAGGAACUUGCUGAGAAAAGAGUACCAUCGUCACAACCUACACCAACACCACCACCACCCCUGCCGAAAGAACCCCCAAUGCCAAAGCAAGCGCCUGUCAAGUAUCCUACACCGCAACCACAGAACAAGUUCCAAUCGUACAAGGAUCUCACUAUGUCCGUGUCACAGACUACACCAACCAAAUUUGGCUCUAGCAACAAUUUGGGCGGCAAGUUCCAACCGAUCGGUCAAAAUAGUGGGACUGGACAUCCGCCGGAACCACCACGUCCUCCGCCAACGGCAAAGACUCAAGCUAAAGGUCCGAGAACUGAUUCCGAUAGUGAGAACGAGCGAGGUCAUCGACAAACUCCGAAGAAACGCGAAUCAAGCAGCAGGGGCGGCAUGAGUAAGCGUAUGAGUAGGGAUCGUCCAGCGAAACGGUCUCGUAGUCGAUCUCGCAGUGCCUCGAGUUCUGGAUCGUCUAGAUCUCGAUCGGCGAGACGCAGUCGCUCACGCUCGUAUUCAAAUCGGCGUUCCGGCAGUUACGAGAGGAAAUACAGCAGAUCUCCUUCGGGUACGUACAGCAGAUCACGAUCACGUUCAAGAUCCAGAUCGUACACCAGAAGUCGCAGUCGCAGUAGGUCGAACGAUCGAGGUUACUAUCGCAAGAGACAAUUCCGACCAUACAAUAAUCGUGGCACGUACUACAAGCCACGCUUCCAAGGCUUUAACAAUCCGAAUCAUCGUGGCGGCGGCAACAAUUUCCAGAAUCGAAACCGCUUCUACAACAAUCAGCACAAUAAUCGUUUUGGCAAUCGUCGCGGCGGUGGUUUUAACAAUCGUGGUGGUCGUGGCGGCCGUGGUAAUCGCGGAGGUAGAUUCUUUCAUAACAAGCAAGGCUUUCGUGAUUUCCGCGACAGGCGGGACUUCAGAGACCGCCGUGCUUCGUCGCGCGAUCGAUACAGUGAUCGCAGCUACUCACCCGAUCCGAUGAGGAAGGUUGACGAAGCGAAAGAGAAGAUCAACAAGAUGCUCGAAGGAGGUGACGACGUUGAACAUCAACAGGGUGGUACCGGUGGUAGCUCGACCGUACCGCCUAAUAAGAGACAAGCUGGACCCCUGAGCGAAGGAGAAGAGAGGGACGAUGACGACUAUGAGAGGUGGGGAGAGGGAGAGGGGGGCGACGCAGCCAGUGCUAAGAAUGAAGGGGUCAAACCUGUCGGCGGUAACCUGGAAGGCAAGGAAUUCUUCAUUGAGCGCAUGAAACAGCGAAGCAAGAACGUUUUAAUGCAGAGAGCCAUUGCAGCUAAGAUUUGGUAGUUAUGAUCUAUUACCGCCACCAUCGCUGCUUCUCUGUGAUAUAGUCGCUUUCCUUCCAUCGCCCGUGCUCUGAGUAGUCGACCGAUUGAUACGAGACACGCCGAGACACUUUUGUAGUUUUAGUGCCGAUCCCUUCUAUUGUAUCACAAAUCAUAAUUAUAACGGUCGAAAAUUCUAUUUUUUAAAUGUUAUCUUAAUUUUGUUUCCAAUUUAAAGUUAGUCUGAUUUAAACAUGAAUUAAUCUAAAUAAUAAUUGAGUAACAAAUUAUACGUAGCAAUUAUAUCUAUUAUAGUGAUUCACUUGUGAAGUUUCACCAACGCUUCAAGAAAUAAUUUCACAUUUUGAGGGAGAAAAAAAAACUUGUGUCGAUAAAGGUAAUAAAUAUUUAGUUUACGUGCUUAGUUAAAAUAUUUAGUUAAUAUUAAUGUAUUCAUAUUCACUCUAUAUAUGGUAUAUAGUUAUAGCGUUCUCAGUUUAUUAAUACGCAAUAAAUAUUCGAUUAAGAGGCUACAUAUGUACAACGUAAUUGGCGAGUGACUUUUCAUUAUCAUUCGUUAUCGGAAGCGAAUGUUCACUUUUUCUUUAUCCGAUAGUGUACAUUUUGGGGGAAAUAUUCGGUACCAAAUUGAAGCAAAAUCGUUCACUGGCCGGCAGAAAUGCCUGGAAAUUUUGAUAUAUAUAU